AUGUCUGCUCGUUACGCAAGUGAAGCUCCAAAAAAUCGUUUCUUGAAGAGUGCAGUGGCUGAGAAUCUGGCCACGUGGAGUGGAAGCUCAAGCGACCAAUCCAAGAGGGGAGUUCCCACACCGGAACUUGUUGAGGUCUAUCGCCGUUGGGGUGAAGGUCCAAACAGCUUUGGUGUCAUCGUCACUGGCAAGAUUGAUGUCGAGUUCGACUGCAUGAGCAGCAUUGGCGACAUGAUCAUUACCCCCGAGUGCAAGCUUGAGGGGGAACGGUUCGAAGGGUUCAAGGCCGUGGCUGCGGCUGGCAAGGCUGAUGGUAGUCUCAUGCUGGGUCAAAUCACCCACGCCGGGAGACAAGUUCAAAACAAGAUCCAACCCAACCCGAUUUCGGCUUCGGCAAUCGGACUUGAACCUAGAAUGGGUAUGGAAUUUGGCAAGCCCCGUGAAGCGUCCAAGGAAGAUAUCAACCGCGUCAUUGAAGGGUUUGCGCAUGCAACCGAGUACCUUGAGAAGGCCGGCUUCGAUGGAAUUCAGCUCCACGCGGCACCACGUCGUCUCAUCGCCCAAUUUCGAUCCCGUACCACGAACCAACGUACGGAUGAGUACGGGGUCCAAACACUCGAGAACCGUACCCGUCUCAUCGCCGACAUUGGCAAGGCCAUCCGCAAGCGCACAUCUCCUGAUUUUAUCCUCGCAGCAAAGCUCAACAGCGUCGAAUUCCAAGACGGCGGCGUCACCCCUGAAGAUGCUCAGGAGCUUUGUGCAUCUUUUUCGGACCUAGGCUUCGAUUUCCUCGAGAUCUCGGGAGGUACGUUCGAGGAGCCAGCCAUGUCUUGGAAAAAGGAGUCCACUCGUAAGCGGGAGGGCUUCUUCCUAGAAUUUGCCGAGACCGUCGUCGCGGGUCUGGGAGACCGGGACACACGCAAGACCAAGGCGUACAUUGUGGGCGGUAUGAGAACCGUCGGAGCAAUGGUAAAGGCCCUUGAUAUUGUCGACGGCGUCGCCUUGGCUCGGCCCGCGGCUCAGGAGUUCCGCAUCCCUUCUGAUAUCCUUGAGGGACGCACUACAGGAGUAAUUCGUCCGGUCCAGAUGGUGGAGGACGAUUUCGGGCUUGGGGUCGCCGCAGCAGGUGCGCAUAUUCGACAAGUUAGCAAGGGACAGGAGCCUUUCGACUCGAGCAACCCUGUGGUGAUCGGAACUUUCACCUCAGACAUGCAAGCAUGGUAUCAAGAUAUGCUUGCCGAUGGAUACAAGCUUGAACAUCACCGUGGGGUAGACUUCUCCGGAAAGGCGGUGCCGUACGGUAGUGAUACGGUAGCCUAG